AUGCAGCUGCAACUUGCCCACCAAGAUAAGCAGAGGGUGCCGUCUUUUUUUUUCAUUCUCCACCACUCGAUAUUUAACGUACGAAAUUUCCAUCUUUUUUGCAAGAUAUUCUCCUGCCCACCCCCUUCACUUAACACAAUCAUAAUGUCCUCUGAGAAUCCACUUCAAGUCAUAGACGUUUCAAAGGCGGAUCAGGCCACUGCUGAUGAGCUUCUCAAAGCAGCUAUGGGUCAGGGUUUUCUGAUGAUUGAGGGACAUGAUUUCACCCAGCAGGAAGUGGAUGAAUUGUUUGUUCUAUCCAAAAACUACUUCGAAGCUCCAUUCGAAGAGAAGAUGAAGUACAAGAUUUCUGAAAACAACCACGGUUAUACUGCGUUUGGUGCUGAGAAUCUGGAUGAAGAGCACCCUGAUAAGCCAAAGGGUGACCCCAAGGAGGGAUUCAAUUUUGCCUGUUUGAAUCUUGCCAAAGGAGAAACCGAGGAAAAAGUUCCUCCUUUGUUUCUAGAAGAGGCCAAUGCUGCUAAGGUGAAGAGUGCAAUUCUCAAGUUCAAGAAAUCCGUAGAUAAGAUUUUGGUGCUGCUCGCCAUGGGCUUGAAGGUGGACCAGGCCAAUGGAGGUGCUGAUUAUUUCUUAAAGAGACAUGCUGGUAACAAAGAAAGUGGUUCAGCCUUUAGAUUUCUGCAUUAUCCGAAUCCCAAGUCACUAAACCCAGAAGAGGUGAUCAGGGCUGGCGCACAUACGGAUUACGGUGGAGUUACCCUUCUGUUCCAAAGAGAAGGUGAAGGUGGGCUUGAAAUUCAUUCGCCAAUUACCAAAACAUGGACCCCUGUGCCUUUUGUCGGUGCGUCGCCGAAGUUCAAGAAUGCCGGAUCUGCUCCUCCUCUGGUGGUAAACAUCGCAGAUCAGCUUAGUUUCUGGACCAAUGGUAUCUUGAAGUCUACUAUUCACAGGGUCAAGUUCCCUAAAGAGGCUCAACUCUCGGGCAAGAGCAGAUACUCAAUUGUGUUUUUCUCCCAUCCUAACGAUGACACAUUACUUGAACCAGUUCCCAGUGAGAUUGUCAAGCAAGUGAAAGGUCGCGGAGCAGGAUAUGAUCUAGAGAAGUUUGGCAAGUCGCUUACUGCUGGUGAACAUCUGUUGAAGAGACUGGCAGCGACAUACACUUAUUGA